CUAACUUUCCAAGUCAACUACCGUGUUGAGCAUAGCAAAAGCUCUUAAUUCUGAUAAACAUCGUAUUUUGCUUUAGAAAACUAGAAUCCUUAUUUCAGUUUCUGGUUUUGGUCAUUCAGUUGGUAAGUUCCGGAAUAUGAAUCCUUUUCCUUUCUUUGCUCUCUCUUUUAUCUCUCAUCUUGUGCUUCUAAGCUCAGCUGAGGAGAAAAAACAGAACCAGACAAGUUGUCCAACACUCUUUUGUGGUAAGUUUGAAUUCCCUUACAAGGAUCAAAAGCACCCCGAUUGUGGGCUGUACACGGUUAAUUGUUCGAAACCAGUUCCGAAGAUCCAAUUCAAAGAAGGAGGACACUGGUUUCCUGUUGAGAACAUCUCUGUGUCAAAGACAAUUCUAAUCAAUGAUACAUCAUCGCCGAGUCGCUUGGAUCCCCGCAGUUGCGAAUCUAUCGAAAAUUUCACUCUUCCGGUCACCUCGUUCUCUUAUGCGAACUUUACGGAUUCAUGGACUCUCUUCAAUUGCAGCCACAGUCUAGGAAUAAGUACUGUCCCGACCGAAUUUAGUCGUACUACCUGCGGAGAUAAUGAUAUCUACUACACUAGACUUUUAAAUACUAGUUUUCCACCGGCAAAACAGUGUUCAACCAUCCGGCUUCCUCCGCUCUCCAAUCGAACUCAGGACAAUGAAUUCUUGUUUGCGACUAGUUUCACUGUUGAAGUGUUUGUAUCUCGCGAAUGUUCUGAUUGUCACAAUAGUGGAGGUCAAUGCGAGACUAAUAGCACAAACAAGUUCUGUUGCUCAAUUAAAGGACAUAAAGAUUUGGCAUGGAAGUUGGGAAUAGGUAUCGGACUUUCUCUAGUUGUUGUCUGUGUUGUAGUCUUUCUUCUCUGCCGCUACAAACAGAAACGCUCUCCUUUGGGUUUCCUCUCAAGGAACAUUUCUGAUCAAUAUCACAUUUCAUACCAAGAAGGGGGAAGUGUCUAUUUUGGGGUCCAUGUCUUUGCCUACAGAGAUCUUGAAGAAGCAACUAACUUUUUCGAUAGCAAAAACGAGCUCGGAGAUGGAGGUUUUGGAACUGUAUACCAUGGCACACUCAAAGAUGGGAGGGAAGUUGCAGUCAAGCGCUUGUACGAGCACAACUACAAACGAGUUGAACAGUAUAUCAAUGAGAUUGAAAUACUUACCCGCCUGCGCCACAAAAACUUGGUCUCCCUCUAUGGCUGCACUUCUCGCCGCAGCAAGGAACUCCUCCUCGUUUACGAGUACAUCGCAAAUGGCACUGUUGCUGAUCAUCUCCAUGGAGACAGAGCACAAACUAGUCCUCUUACAUGGCCAAUUCGGAUGAGCAUAGCCAUAGAAACUGCAACCGCCUUGGUUUAUCUACAUGCUUCUGACAUUGUCCACCGCGAUGUGAAGACUAACAACAUUCUACUUGACAACAACUUCUGUGUCAAAGUUGCUGAUUUUGGACUUUCCCGGCUCUUCCCCAACGACGUCACUCAUGUCUCGACAGCUCCGCAGGGAACACCGGGUUAUGUUGAUCCAGAGUAUCACCAAUGUUACCAGCUAACCAGCAAGAGUGAUGUCUAUAGUUUUGGAGUAGUACUUGUUGAGCUCAUAUCAUCUAUGCCUGCAGUUGACAUGACUAGGCAUAGACAGGAGAUUAAUCUAUCUAACUUGGCAAUAAUCAAGAUUCAAAAGGGGGCAUACAACGAGCUGGUGGAUCUGCGUCUUGGGGUUGACUCAAAUAAUGAAGUUAAGAGGAUGACAAUUGCUGUUGCAGAGUUGGCCUUUCAGUGUUUGCAACAAGACAAGGAAAUGAGGCCUUCCAUGGAUGAGGUCCUGAAGGAACUGAAGAGAAUUGAGAAUGGAAAUAAUGCGACUGAGAAUCAAGUGAAGGGUUUAGAUGGUGUGAUAAUGAGUACCGUACAGCUACCAUCUUCACCAGAUUGUGAUGAAAUUCAGUUAUUGAAGAGCAUGGAAGAACUGCCACCAUCACCGAAUACUGUGACUGAAAUCUGGCAUAGUAGUAGGUCUUCGACGCCUAAUAUCAGCUGCUAAAGUUUUCUAUGAUCUGAAAUUUUCAAGAGAAGUGAUAAAUAUUUGAUUAAACAAGGAUGAUUGCGAUAUGAAAAAACUCGCUUCCAAUGCCGACAAGCUCCUACUGGCGGAGCUUGGACAAGGUGAUCCUUGCCGUGCUUAGUGAAGCUCAUUAUGUCAAAGCUCGAUCAAGGCCAGGCUGAUAGAGCUCUCAAUGCCUAUUAUGGCCAAGAACUUCCUGAGCCUCACCUAGCAUGCAAGUGGGCAAGCACAGGGUUCAUAAUUCUCUGAGGAUGAUGAGUUCCAAUGAUCAAAGCUAAUUCAUUUACUUCAUGGAACACAACUUGGGGAGGCAAGAACACCCACAAAUCACUCUUGGAUCAACACCCUGUCAUUCAAUACUCACGCCAAAGAGGGAAAGUUUCUCACUAACGCCUAAGGUCUACUCUGUCAUUACUAUACCUCUCCCUUGAGAGGCCUAGUUACACACUUCCUAAAGAGUACCGAAACUCUAGUCUAAUUUCAUAAGCUUGUUCACUUUGAUCAUCAAAGUCCAAUCACCUACUAGCCCACUAAUACGUAUCUUGAGUUUCUUUUGCAAAUUGUCUUGGUGUUCUGGAAGUGUUCUUCACGCAUUCUUAGUCGAGAGCCUGUUUGAUCCAAAAUUUGAAAUCUAGAAGGCAUUCUUGGUGUUAAUUGAAAUAUUAAUUAACAAGUGUAUUUCUUUUGUCACUGUCUUUGAUUUGUAAUUGUCAUGUUAAUCAACUUUGUAUGAGCUUUAUUUACUUUAUAUUUUUAUUUUUAAA